ACAAACUGGCGGAAGUGAACGACUUGUGCUCAGAACAAAGACGCUCUCAGUUGGUGACUUUAGCUUCAGUUUGCCAAAAUGUUCCAAGCGAAGCUUAUUGCGCUCUGCUUCCUCCUCCAAACUGGGCUGACCCAGAACUGUGACUGGGACCAGUCCACGGAUCCGAACCAGAACCUCGCCCCGGACGCUUUGAAAGCGGGAGCGCGCUACCUGGGCCACAUCCAGGAGGUUUCUGAUGCGGAGACCUGCCGGACCGCCUGCUGCCAGGACUCGGACUGUGACCUGGCUCUGAUCGGGCUGCCCAUGGACGGAGGGAUGCAGUGUAUGCUGGUGAGCUGCGGCGCCGAGGGCUGCAGCCUGCAGCGCAGCUCCCAGUUCCAGGUGUACCGAAAGAAAAGCCAGAACCAGGCCGAGCAGGAAGAGCCCGCAGGCGGGGACAAGAUCCAUGUCGUCCCGCUGAUGGAGGCUGAGGAGCCGCAGAGCAACGCGACUAACAGCGAUCUUUGCCGUCUGCCAAAGAAGACUGGUCCAUGUCGGGCUGCGUUCCCCCGGUUCUUCUACAAUGUGACAAGUCAGAGCUGUAGCACCUUCAUCUUCGGCGGCUGCGAGGCCAACGGCAACAACUUCGUGUCCCAGGGAGAGUGUGAGGCCACCUGCAGUGGAGUCACUGGCUCAGUUCUUACUGAGGACCAGACUUCCUCCCCUCCCCCAGCGGCUCCCAAGGCUCCUCGGAUGGCACCAUUAGAGUCCGCCCCUCUAAAGAAGACUGAAAUCCAAACUGAUGACUAUGCAGAGAAGUGUGAAGCAAAAUAUCAGACUGGACCCUGCAGAGCUUCCAUACCGCGCUGGUUCUACAACAAAGAGACCGGAAACUGUCAGACUUUCAUCUUUGGUGGCUGCAGAGGAAACAAGAACAAUUACCCAGACGAGGACAGCUGCAAGUCCGCCUGUGUAGGAAUCUCUGUACUGCCUUCCUCCAAGAAGGUCCCAGAAGAUAAAGAAGCUUCUGCAGAGCGCUGCUCUUUGAGUCCUGAGGGUGGACUCUGCCGGGCCUACUUCCCAAAGUUCUACUAUGACCCAGACACAGCCUCCUGCCAGAGUUUCGUGUACGGCGGUUGUGGAGGGAAUGCCAACAACUUCAACACCAUAGAGGAGUGCAUGGCUGCUUGCUCCGGAGCAGGUGUGUUCGAUAGUCGUGGUAAAACCAAAAGCCGAUGGACCGCAGCUGCCUUCCUCUUUGUCACUCUGGCUGCCAUCUCUGCUCUGCUGCUUGCCACGCUGGUCGUCAUCACGCUGAGACGCCGCCGUCUGUCCCGUAGUUACUCCACCAUUAGUGACAAGCAGGGGCUUAUCCCCGACAGGGAUGAGCUGUCAUCUCAGGACUCGAUGAGCAUUCCUGAGAGCCCCAGACCAGAACCAAAGGCCUAGGUGCUCUGAAUCCACUGGGGCUCUGCCUCAAAACUGAUAUCUCAUUUCUUACUGGGAUUUAUUAUGGUGACAAAGAUCUGGUCAAAAAUUGAAUCAAUCAUUCCUUAAAUGGUUAAUUAAAGCCUGAAUGGGCUGAUCUUCAGUUCUGAGGCAGAUCCCAGGGCAUCAAUAAAAUAUUUUCUCCUUUUUGCAGCAUCAGAGCCCUGUCUGAUUUUGUCACUGAUCACCACCAAUUAAUCACCUCAUUGAAGCAGCCAUUUAAUUUGUAGACACACUUCACCAUCAAAGCUCACCCCAAAUUACAUCUGGUCCUCUCCUGAUAACUAAUUGGACCCUGAGAGACGGUUACCACCAUGAACCCCUAAAUAUUGAUGAAUUUUCUGAAAAGAAUCAAUCCUGUGCUAAAACCACACAGUCUAGAGUUUUAGUUGUUUUUUGUUUUUUUCUGUUUCCAGACUUGAUCAGUUCCUGGUUUCCUGUCAGAAACAAAGUCAUUGAUAAUUUUUAUUGAUCAUCUGUUGGGAAAGAAUCAGACGGUUCUGCUGUGCUUCUUUAUCCACAUGAUCAAGGUCCUGAUCGAUCAUUAGUCCCUUUCAAAUAGAAACAUUUAAAUUUCCUGCCUGCUGAUCUUUAACGUCUCCAAUUCCUCUCCAUCUUACCCAUUAAUCUAGUUCUCAUAUGGAGCUCUGUGUUUCCGAGGAAAUUGGAAUGUUUUUCUGCUGGUUAAAUCUUUGAACAAGUCCAGAUUCAGAAAGAUCCGACAUCUGCCUGAAAGUCCAGAAACAGCCAGAGCUUAUUGAGAGAUGAUCAGAACUUAAUAGAUAAGGAGAUUCCUCAUCCAGACAAAACCAUACAGAACCUGCAGAGAGCUUGGUUACUGACGGAUCAGUUUAGCCAUAACUGGUUCGCUUUUGUGGUUCUGCUCAAAGUUCAGAGCAGAGCCUUUGAUUGGCUGCGAGUAGAGAAACUGUUUCUUUAAGCUUGAUGUGAUUAAUCGGUGAGCUGAUUAGAUGACGGAUCAGAGCUCAGGUGGUUUUAAUUAAAUGGUCAAACUAUUGUUUAUUCUGUGAUUAAAGUAAUUAAUGAAGGAAUCGUCUGGAUCACUUAUUGCUUUCAGUUAUGGAUUUAUUGAUCAGUUAUAAGUGGGGAUGCAAUCUAUUUUAAUAGACGUCUGAUUCUGUUUUCUCAGUCGUUAAUCAUUUUAUUAAUCAUUUCUAUAUAAGUUGUGUGAGUGUGUAUAUUUUGGUUAUUAUUGGAUGUGUUUAUUGAUGGACCCAGAAGAAAUACUGCUACUACUUUCUUACUGUUACUUUUAAGCACAAGUUCCCAUGAUGCACCUGUACAGACCUGUUUCCCUGCAAUCUGAGGUCUGAACAGCAUUAGUUUUGUUGAUUUAUUGUGAGCCCUUACAGCCUGCUGUUUAAUCCAUUUAUCGAUGGAAGUUAUAUUUCCUUAGAGGUAUUGGUUUUACUGUGAUCAGUGAUCUGAUCUAUAAUCUAUCUGAAAAGGGUCACGCUGGGGUUUCUGGAUGUGUUCUUUGACUCUAAGACCUAUAACAUGUUUUAUCCAUAUCAGGUUAUUAAUUAGGUAAUCAAUGUUUGCUUUUAAUUACACUGUUGUGGUCUUUAUUUUUAACUAUAAGCUGAUCAUUUUACACAGAAACAAUAAAUUGAGUUGAACCAA